GUGCAAGUUCCUGCCUGCAAUUUCCUCCUGUCAGGCUCGCAUACUGCUCUUUGCCUAGUAAGAUAAAACCAUUUUUCUGACUAGGAUUCAAGACACCAAGGCAGUUCAUAAAAAUCAGUAAGGUCAAACACUCAAAGGCCAUCUUGCCAGGCCUGCAACCAGCGCAUUUCUCCUACCAUGGUUGACAACACCAUCACAAAGUCUCUCGGGUUAGUUUUGAUCGCCACAGCUCACAUGGUUUUCAACGGGCCCAGCCAAGCAGAGGUCAUUGGGAUCAUCGGCAGCAACAUCACCCUUCACUUUAUAUUUAAUAACACUAAAAUUGAUUGUAGGAGUCAUUUUGUAGUGUAUAUGAGCGGCUACAAAAAGAUUGCUGAGUAUUCAAAUAACCCAAGAUGCUCAGGAGGAGGUGUUGACAUUUACCCUGGCAAUUCCUCUGUGCAAUACCACAUUACAAAUCUCACAAAAAAUCAUAGCGACAUUUACUGGGCCAGUUUGUUCAUGGACACAGGAAUCCCCCCAAAAAGCAUCAAGAUAAAGCUGAUUGUCCAAGAGGAGAACAGACGCAGCACAGUUCCUCCAAAGCCGGCUAACAUCACAAAUACCAAAUACAAUGGAAGUUCCAGUUUCUUUUCCUAUCACAGCGUCACUGUCCUUGUGGUUUCACCUGUAGUGCUGCUGGUUGCAGUACUUCCCUGGUUGAUCUGGUGUCUCGUGAGAACCAAAGACAAACAACAACCACAACAAAACUCUAAUCCCACAGGACAGGAAAGAGUUGGGGAGUCCAGCUGUGUGUCUUCACCCUCAUUGGUUUACAGUGUCCUGGAUUUCCCCAAAAGACCCCCUGCAGUUUUGGAGCACAGUUCAAAUGAUACAGAGUACGCUGCCGUCAGCUAUCUCCCAGAAAAUAGACGAGUGUGACACACGGCUGAAUGUACACCUGCUGGUCUUUCGUGGUUUGAGUAAAGGUUUACCCGAUGACUUAUAUACUGUAUAUAUAAUCUAAAAAUACAUUUCUCGUAAGAGUGAUAAAUGCUGUUUUUGUUAUGAACCCUUGCAGCCUCCAGGCUUCUUGCAAUAAAUUAUAAACAAUGGAGUUUUGAGGUGGAAGAAAACAUAAGACCUGAUGUGCAUGGACCAUAAGUGUCUAGGUCUCACUUUGUUUUUGGUCUUACAGUUGCUGUGACCAACAACAAGCUUGCAAUAUCCAAUCAUCUCUUUGAUUUGGUUUGGUAUUGUUUACGUUUCUGAUUUGUUUCAGGGGUACCUGGCCUCUAAACCCUUAAAGAGUUAGUCUGGUGAUUUUCCACAUUUUUGUCACUGUUAACAAAUGCCAUAAAAAGAACAAAACCACUAAUAAACUGAUCCCGAAACAAA